AUGCGCGCCGCCCGUCUCGUGAUCGCGAUCUCCGUCGUCUGUGCCCUUGCAAACGAAAACGAACAGAUCGUUAGGGAAAACACCGAAUUCGCGAUUAAUUAUCUGCAGAAGUAUGGAUAUCUCGCCGAGGAGAUGCAAUCGUUCGAAACCAUUGGCGAGCACCGGAUUCUCCAAGACUCUAUCAGCCUUUUUCAGGAAUAUUAUAAAUUACCCAUUACCGGCGAGGCGAGCAACGAAACCCUAGAUCAAAUGCGUAGACCGCGAUGUGGACAACCGGACAUUAUGCAACAAAUUGCGAAUGCCAUCGGAAAUAAGUGGCCACAAAGGGUACUCACGUGGAAUUUUCAAUUAGCAACAAAACCAAUGUUGGAAGCCGCCCGGGCAGCUUUUGCCUUGUGGCAAGCUGCAUCGUCGUUGACAUUCAGACGAAAUAUAUCAGAUCCAAAUAUUUUAAUAUCAUGGCGCGACGGUAAUCACAUGAUGCUCGAUCGUCGAAACGGUAACUUGUGCCCCUCUCCAUUGGAUGGUCGGGGAGGGGUACUCGCACACGCCACUUAUCCAACGGGGCACGCGGGUUAUACCUCCGAGAUUCAUGUCGACAGUAAGGAACAUUGGUAUAUCUAUCUAGAUCAGACUCCAUCGAAUUCCGACAGCCUAUUAUACGUGCUGACGCACGAGAUCGGUCACUCCUUGGGAUUGCAGCACGAUCCGCACACGGAUUCCAUCAUGUACGCCUACACGACGCACUAUUCCCAUCCUAUUAAACUGAGCGACGAGGAUAUUCUCAAUAUUCAAAAUCUCUACGGUAACUCGACCGCCGAAAAAUCGCCGAAUAGACCGAUAUCCCCGCCGAAACUUCCGGUACCAACGCCAAAGGAUAUUCCAAACGAUCUGUGCGAAAUAAACCGCAUCGACGCGAUAUUACUGUUGAAAAAACGAAUGUAUAUCGCGAGCGAAAAAUACGUAUGGUUGAUAAGACUGGACGAUAGGAAAUAUAACCAACCGAUGGCGCUUUCUACUUAUUUGGAAUUUCUACCUCCGAAUCAUACGCGCGUUUCAGCCUCGUAUCAGACUCCGUCCGGCGACAUAAUACUAUUCGUGGAUAAUACUAUUUACAAGGUGAAUUAUCCGAGCUUCUCGUUGGAUACCAAUUGGCCGAAAACAUUUUCGCAAUUCGGAUUGCCCGCAGACGCGACGAUAAACGCCGCGAUAAACACAAAUCGAGGACGCUCCUACGUACUAUACGACGGAUACAUGAUCGGUGAGGUGGACGACUAUAACGGAAACAUCGUUAAGUAUCAUACUAUUCAAACGGUCUUUCCGGGAAUACCGCCGAAUAUUACGUUGGCCUUCCGAUACAUCGACGGUAACCUUUACUUCGUGUCGCAACAACAACAGAUUUACAAAUUCAACAAAUUUACGGAAAACGUACUCUCGGCGAGUGAGUUCGACGUGCAAGCGCUUGGCAUAGAUUGCCCGCGAUACGGGUUACUGCAACAAUUGCGCGACCUCCUGCACAGGUUCACGCGAAAUACCGAAACGUUGACGAGGGAGAGGGAUAACAAUUUAUUUUAG